AUGAUUUGUGGGGAUAUGAAUGCACGCACUGCUUCAUCAGAUGAUUUUAUAGAACAUGAUGAUGUAAGGUACCUUCCUCUUUGUAAAACAUAUAAGAUUGAUGAUAAUUUUUGUAAACGUAGUAAUCGUGAUGUCAUUUUAAAUGAAAGAGAAUCUACUUCUACUGAUAUCGAGAAAAAGGCAGAAGAAUUCAAUGACAUUAUCAUAACUGCUGCUAACAUGUCAUUAAAUAAGCCAGGUCAUAAAAGUAGCUACGGCGUUUUGUUUUAUACACCAAACGCGUAUAGUUACCACAAAGUAAGUAGAUACGGAAUAACAUGUGCCGGGAAGAAUUACGUCACUUUCAGAGUGAGGGCCUGUAAUGACGCUCACUUGGCACUGAUGACGUAUGAUCGUGACAAUGGUCCGCUUUACGAGAUCGUCAUCGGGGGUUGGGGGAACGGAAAAUGUUGCUUACGUAAGGGCAAACAAGGACAUUGCUACAGGGAGUAUAGAGGACGAGUUCUCAGCUGCAGUUCAUACAACUACUUUUGGGUCUCAUGGGGAGGGAACAGGAUCAAACUAGGGAGAGGUACCACAUACGGUUCGAGCACUCUCAUGGAUUUCCCGGACUCCUCGAUAAGAGUGAACUACCUGGCUGCCAGUACUGGAUGGGGUGCCACGGGAUACUGGGAGUUCUCCGAUCCACCAAUUAAUGGUGGCUGGUCGUCGUGGUCUGGAUAUGGAUCUUGCAGUAGGAAUUGUGGAUCUGGAUCACAAUCCAGAAGUCGGAGUUGUACAAAUCCCAGACCAUCCAACGGUGGAAGAUCUUGUUCAGGGUCAUCGACAUCGUCACGAAGCUGCAAUACCCACAGCUGCGCAGUCAAUGGUGGCUGGUCGUCUUGGUCCGGAUACGGAUCCUGCAGUAGGAAUUGCGGAUCUGGAUCACAAACCAGAAGUCGUAGUUGUACAAACCCAAGGCCCGCUCACGGUGGAAGAUCUUGUUCCGGAUCAUCGACAUCGUCACGAAGCUGCAACACCCAUAGCUGUCCAAUCAAUGGUGGAUGGUCGUCUUGGUCCGGAUAUGGAUCCUGCAGUAGGAACUGUGGAUCUGGAAGUCAAUCCAGAAGUCGUAGUUGUACAAAUCCAAGGCCCGCUCACGGCGGAAGAUCUUGUUCCGGAUCAUCGACAUCGUCACGAAGCUGUAACACCCACAGCUGCGCAGUUAAUGGCGGAUGGUCAUCUUGGUCCGGAUAUGGAUCCUGUACAAGAUCUUGCGGAACUGGAAAACAGUCAAGAAGUCGUAGUUGUACAAACCCAAGACCCGCUCAUGGUGGAAGAUCUUGUUCCGGAUCAUCGACAUCAUCACGAGACUGCAACACCCACAAUUGUCCAGUUCAUGGCGGAUGGUCAUCAUGGUCCGGAUAUCGAUCCUGCUCCAAGUCUUGUGCUUCCGGAACACAAACCAGAAGUCGUAGUUGUACAAGCCCAAGGCCCGCUCACGGUGGAAGGUCUUGUUCCGGAUCGUCUUCGUCAUCACGAAGUUGCAACACUCAUCACUGCCCAAUACACGGUGGAUGGUCUUCCUGGUCAGGAUACGGCUCGUGUUCUAAAACAUGCGGAACCGGAUCUCAGUCAAGAAGUCGCUCUUGUACGAACCCAGCACCUCGUUACAACGGAAACUCAUGUUCCGGAUCUUCCACCAGUUCCCGUAAUUGUAACACACACCAUUGUCCAAUUGACGGUCGUUGGUCUUCAUGGUCAAGCUAUGGAACAUGUUCUAAGACCUGUGGCACCGGAAAACAGUCAAGAAGUCGUACUUGUACGAAUCCAGCCCCACAAUACCUCGGAAAAAGCUGCUCAGGAUCGACAAGCAGUUCCCGAGACUGCAACACACACCACUGCCCAAUCGAUGGCAAUUGGGCGUCUUGGGCAGCCUAUGGAUCCUGUACCGAGACCUGUGGGGGUGGUAUACAGACGAGAUCUCGCACUUGCACAAACCCUACCCCACAGUAUCUGGGUAAAGCAUGCGUAGGAAUGUCUUCCCAUUCCCGUGUCUGCAACACCCACAACUGUCCAAUUGAUGGGAAAUGGGCAAAUUGGGGUAACUGGGGCACCUGCUCCGUCACUUGUGGAGGAGGUUCGCAGUCCCGAAGCCGCACGUGCACAAACCCUGCACCACAAUAUAACGGGAAAGCUUGUCCAAACUCUGCCACAUCGACUCAAAGCUGCAAUACCCAGCCAUGUCCAAUCGAUGGCGGCUUCAGCAACUGGGGCUCAUGGGGAGUUUGUACAGUAACAUGUGGAGGAGGUACUCAGGACAGACAGAGGACAUGUACAAACCCCGCCCCACAGUAUGGUGGUGCCCAAUGCAGUGGAACGACCACAAGCACCCAAGACUGCAACACUCAAGUUUGUAUCAUUGACGGCAGUUGGACUAAUUGGUCUGGAUAUGGAGCCUGCUCGGUUUCAUGCGGAGGAGGAAAGCAAUCUCGAACCCGAUUUUGUACAAAUCCUAAACCCGCUAAUGGAGGAAAGAACUGUCCUGGAAGUGCCAGUGACUUGACUGACUGUAACUCUGCGCCAUGUCCUACUGUGGCAGCAGGGACGUACCAACAACUAUGCCCAGCCGGAUGGUUCACGUGCGAAUCGGGAGGAAUCACGUGCAUUGACAACACAUUCCAAUGUGACUGCUCAAAGGACUGCGACGACGGAAGUGAUGAAGAUGUAAAUUAUGCAGGAUGUCAGGCAGCUCAAAUGAUGACGUGUCAGAGUGCAGGAGAACACCUUCAGUUCUCCCACUUGGCUUUGGUACUUGUUCUGUUGUUUACAACGCUGAUGCAGAUGAUGCUGUGA